UGUGGCGGAGGGAAAAUGAAGAUCGAUAGUGGAGGAGGGAGAGGGAGAGUUUUCACCAGGAAGAGAUCAGACAGACAGGCUGAGACACGACAGACAGGCUCAGACCGCUCCACUCGACGGCCACUGGAGUGAUGCCUUGAAUAUGGCUGACAAGGGUCCGCUUUUGACUUCGUGCAUCAUUUUUUAUUUAUCGAUCGGAGCAGCGAUUUUCCAAAUCUUGGAGGAGCCCAACUGGGAAUCCGCCAGGGAUCGAUAUCAACUGGAGAAGGAGAGGAUUUUAAAGCGAUAUCGGUGCUUAUCGAAGGACGAUCUGGAUCAGAUACUAGAGAUAGUGUCGGAGGCUGCGGGUCAAGGAGUGGCGAUCACCGGUGACCGACACAAGAACAGCUGGGACUGGGGAAACUCCGUCAUCUUCGCUGCCACCAUCGUCACCACCAUCGGCUAUGGAAAUGUGGCCCCCAAGACUAAGAGCGGGCGAGGGUUCUGCAUCCUAUACGGCCUGUGUGGAAUCCCGCUGUGCCUGGUCUGGAUAAGUGAGCUGGGCUCUUUCUUUGGAGAUAGAACCAAACGCCUGUCCGAGGUUCUGAUUCGCAGAGGAGUCUCUGUGAAAAAGGUCCAGCUGACUUGCAUCGCUCUCUUCCUGCUGUGGGGCCUCUUUGUGCACCUGCUGAUUCCUCCACUGGUCUUCAUGAAGAUGGAAGGAUGGAGCUACCUGGAAGGACUCUACUUCUCCUUCAUCACGCUAACCACCGUGGGCUUUGGAGAUUACGUUGCCGGUGUGAACCCAAGUAUAGAAUACCCCAGACUGUACCGAGUUUUCGCAGAGAUAUGGAUCUACAUGGGGCUGGCCUGGUUGUCCCUGUUCUUCAGCUGGAAUGUUCACAUGGUAGUGAAGGCGCACGAGGUUCUGAGGAAAAGACGACAGAGGUACAGACCCUACUUCGACGAGGAGCCUCCAUCCAGAGAGGAGAAGGCGAGCCCCACCAAAAACCCAACCGUCAUCGACAUCUUCAAAUAUCUGUCUGAGAAGGACGACGACGACUACAACACCAUCAUCACCGAGAUCGGCUCGGCGGGGAAGCGCAAGCGGAGCAAAGACAGCAUCAACCGCUCCAAGAGCUGCAGCGACAUCCUGGGGACUAACAUUCGGACCCUGGAGCAGUCACCCCGACACAGGCGCAUGAUCAGCAUCAGCGAGGUGUUCAUGACUCCCAAAGCUAAGAGCGGUCAACUAGAGAAGCCUGUCAGCCAGGACAGAUCUGAGUCACGUGUCGCGCCGGAGAAGGAAGAGGACGCCAGCGCCUUUGAUCCCACGGAAGACGGCAUCACUUUUACUGUGACGGAGGAACCGCCCAGUGACUCGGGCGGAAGCCGCUUCACGAUAUCCAAGGUCAACGAGGAAGAGACGGUAGUUAAAGACGAGGAGAAGCUGUAAUUGCGUGUGUGGGAGUCAAAUCAUUUGAUAAAACUUUCGAUCCAUGUAUUUAUUAGAACGAUAGUUCUCUCACUCUAAAUCACAGUAAAGGGCUUUCUGGAAAACUGAACCGAUGAGCAGUUUUCCCUCAAACACGGCCGCCACAGAAGACGCCAUGAGCUGCCGCCCGUCGUCGGCGUACACCUGGGUCACCUGAGGCUGCCGGGAGAGAAUGGCUUUCACCCGGACCACCUGCGGGGAACGGUGCCGGUGAGGAACGGGGCGCAUGACUGUCGACAGAGCGGGCUCACCUCUGACCCAGGCGGGUCUUCGGGGUUGAAUGACAUCAGCUUACUGGCAUUUGGGUGACACCCCAGCCAGACGUCACCAGACUCCGGGUCCACCUCGAUGUUAUCGCAGAGGCUCCCCACGUUCACUGACUGGACAGUAAAAGGAGUUUCAGGGGCCGAACCCAAAUGUUUUGCUCUUACCACUAGAUGGCGGUGUUAAAUAUUUUCAGAGUAGAAAAAUUCUGUCACAAUAUGCCGUUUUGCUCAGGGAUUUUUUUUUUCAUUCAACACAUGCAACAUUCAUAACAACAAAGCUUCAGUGUGACAUUUUCUCAGAUUGGCUGACCCAAACAGGAAGUAGCCCGAGUUGAGACAAUACAACAAGAACAAUAAAAACAU